UUUUGCAUUUUCCGAGAGGCGGCUGCACACAAACUACACAGUUUCUGUCGACCAACGUGUUCAAACCGCAUUGUUGAGUGUUCAAUAGUUAAUAGUUCAAAAAGUAAUUGGGAAACGUUUCUACUGCACAUGUUUUAAAUUGUGUGAUGCCAGUUCGCUCUGCUAAUCCGAUACGCGCUAGAAGUUUGAUCCGAGACAAUUUGGAGAAACAGGCUGGUUGUCUAAAUUUAAUCCACUCCAGAAUGCCGAACAUCAAAGUGUUUUCGGGCACCUCGCAUCCGGAUCUGGCCCAGCGGAUCGUCGAUCGUCUGGGAAUCGAUCUUGGCAAAGUGGUUACAAAGAAGUUCAGCAAUUUGGAGACUUGUGUGGAAAUUGGGGAAUCGGUGCGCGGCGAGGAUGUAUACAUCGUGCAGUCGGGAUCCGGCGAGAUCAACGAUAACUUGAUGGAGCUGCUGAUCAUGAUCAAUGCGUGCAAAAUCGCCUCAGCCUCUCGUGUUACAGCUGUGAUUCCUUGCUUUCCAUAUGCCCGCCAAGACAAAAAAGACAAGUUGGCAGGCAGUGAGGAUAAUGCGGAAAGCAAGAAACUAGCCAAGAAAAACUACGAUUGGAAAUUUAGGAGUCGUGCGCCCAUCUCGGCCAAAUUGGUGGCCAACAUGCUGUCCGUCGCUGGUGCCGAUCACAUCAUAACCAUGGAUCUGCACGCCUCACAAAUCCAGGGUUUCUUUGAUAUACCAGUUGAUAAUCUCUAUGCCGAGCCAGCGGUACUCAAGUGGAUCAAGGAGAACAUUCCCGAGUGGAAGAACUCGAUCAUUGUGUCGCCCGAUGCUGGCGGUGCCAAGCGUGUCACCUCGAUUGCCGAUCGCCUGAAUGUGGAGUUUGCUCUGAUACACAAGGAGCGCAAGAAGGCCAACGAGGUGGCGUCCAUGGUUCUGGUGGGCGAUGUCAAGGACAAGAUUGCCAUCCUGGUUGAUGACAUGGCCGACACAUGCGGCACCAUUGUGCAUGCCGCCGAUCGCUUGGUGGAAGCUGGAGCGACCAAGGUUUAUGCCAUUCUGACGCAUGGCAUUUUCUCGGGUCCUGCGAUUUCGCGGAUUAACAAUGCCUGUUUCGAGGCGGUGGUUGUGACCAAUACCAUACCACAGGAUGGACAUAUGCGGGAUUGUCCCAAAAUCCAGUGCAUUGAUGUCUCGAUGAUGUUCGCCGAGGCCGUCAGACGGACACACAACGGCGAGAGUGUCUCGUAUCUCUUCUCAAAUGUUCCAUACUAAGCCACAUAUAAAACAACCGGCAGUUAAACCAGCAAACGUUUAAUACAGCAACCAGAACACCGUUAGCAAGCUACCGCAAAAACACAACUUUAACAGCAAUUUGUAAUGCAACCAACAACCACAACAAUUUGAGACAAACUAUUUUGCCAUCAUCAUCGUUAUAUAUUUUUUAUGGAUUAACUAUUGUAAUUAAAGCAAAUGCAAACUCAGUAGAUGGGAAAUCGUCAUUAUGUAAUUAUACUAAAUAGAACCCUAAAGAUAACACAAAAAAAAAAAAAAAAAAAACACAACAAAAACAAAAACAAAAACAGAAGUACACAAAUGCAAUGCCUUUCCUUUGUAUAGUAGGAUCUUUUUUUAAACAAACUUUUGCCGUUUUCUGAUUUUAAAAGUUAGCACGAACGAUAAUUUCCAGUUGAUUGGUGUAAACAUUGGCCUGCUCUUAGAGAGAAUUUUAGAUUUAUAGACUAACACCGUAGAAGAUAUACACCUAAACCCACACACACACAACACCUACACAUACACUCACACACAACAAAAAAAUUGUAAUUUUACACUGAGCAACAACUUUUUGAUGAUUCUUUAUUGUAAGUUCAUAAUGAAAAAACAAAACGCAAAAUACUUGCAAGUUCAAAAGAAAACCUAGUAAAAUUAAGUAAAAUAAAAAAAUACAAUUGAAAAGAACAUAGCUAAUAGGCGUUAAAAAAUAAUAAACAAAACAAACACAACAAAAAAAAACUAAAGAAAAAAUACAAAAAAAUAUUACAGAAAA